AUGUUGUUGACAAAACUGACCAAUAUCAAUCAACGUAACAGCGGAUGCGAGAAAAGUCUACAUUUUGAUAUCACUACUUUGUUGAAGCCGUCAGACCAAUUGGGAUUUUCCGGGUUCAGCAGUGUUUCACAUUUGCAUUAUUACUGGCCUGUUAAAGUCCCAACCGGCUUGAUGGCUUAA